AUGGAGCGCGAGUACCAUCGCCCCGAAUUCGAAGGCGGCCUGCGUCCCCGACCGAAACGUGCCGUUACUGACUAUGGCUCGACAACGGUGCAAUGGAUGCGCAAUCGGCGCCCACGGUACAAGAACGUGCCCAGGCCAGAGGUGGAGCGGCCGAGUGCAAGCUACAUUGUCGAUAUGCAGCCUCCUGCAGCGCGCAUCGCCAGUGCUGCCGAAUCCAUACCUGCAAAGGCGGUACAUUCGUCACUCAACAAAGUAAAGCAUCCCAUCAACGUAGUCAAGUGGACGCCAGAGGGUCGACGCCUGCUCACCGGCUCGACUAGCGGCGAGUUCACGCUGUGGAAUGGCAUGGGCUUCAACUUUGAGACCAUCAUGCAGGCUCACGAGGCGGCCAUUCGCGCCGUCGAGUACACCUCUACCGACGACUGGCUGCUGUCUGCAGACCAGACCGGAGUCGUCAAGUAUUGGCAGACCAACUUUAACAAUGUCAAGGAGAUACAGGCGCACACAGAGGCUGUGCGGGGGCUCGCAAUAGCCCCCACUGACUCCAAGUUUGUUACAUGCGCCGACGAUACCACACUGAAGAUCUGGGACUUUGCGUCAAGUACCGAAGAGUCGACGCUGACAGGACAUGGAUGGGAAGUCAAGUCGGUCGACUGGCAUCCGCACAAGGGGCUGCUAGUAUCGGGAUCAAAGGAUCACCAGGUCAAGUUCUGGGAUCCGCGGACAGGCCGCUGUCUGACGACACUUCAUGGACAUAAAAACCCAAUAUCAAAAACCAUGUUCGAGCCUGUCCAAGGAAACAUGCUAGCAACCUGCGCCCGUGAUCACACCGCCCGCAUCUUUGAUAUCCGAAUGAUGCGCGAUGUCUUACUGCUCAAGGGCCACGAGAAAGAUAUCAUUACAAUGGCGUGGCACCCCAUGCACAAGAACCUGUUGUCUACGGGAGGUGUAGAUGGCAGCAUUCAUCAUUACCUCCUCGACGAGCAGAACCCUCCCCCAGGCGUUGCGCCGUCAAUAUCACCCUACGAUGCUGCAGACUCACAAAACGCCCCUUCGCAAACUAUAUAUCCCGCACACAGCCUGCAAUACGCUCACGACUUUACAGUCUGGACCAUGGACUGGCAUCCGCUCGGUCAUAUCCUCGCAUCUGGCUCCAAUGACCGCGUCACUCGUUUUUGGACACGCCCCCGGCCUGGCGAUACAAACUACAUCAACGACCGGUACCACAUUGGGCAAGCCGCAGCAGAAGCCCAGGGUACUUUUGACCGCAGCCAAGGCCGACGACAGAAGAUGGAAGAAGAAGAACAGGAAGCGGAGGAUGAAGCAGAGGGUCUGGUUGACCAGAAACUCCCAUCUAGGAACAUGGCCAGUGCGCCCUUCCUGCCCCCAGGUCUCUCACUUCCAGGACUCUCUGCACCACCAGAUGGCACUUCAAGCGCUCUCCCAGGCAUUGGCGGUGCAAGCCAACAUUCUAUCCAUCCUCCUCCGCCACCACCUCCACCGGCAGGAAUACCCUUCCCGCCCCAACCAAACGCAAGCGGGGCACCUAUUCCUCCUCCCUUCUCAGGCAUGGACCCAUCUCACAUUGCCCAACUCAUUGCCUCUGGCUCUCUGCCGCCCCCUCCGCUCCCCCACGGUCACGGUCCGCCUCCACCUCAUGGCGGAAACGCUGCUGCUCCUCCGUUUCCUCCACCCCCGAAUUUCCCUGGUUUCCCACAGGGAAUGCCGCCGGGUAUGCCGCCUCUUCCCCAUGGCAUGCCUCCCCCUGGUUUCCCUGGCUUUCCGCCUCCACCGCCUCCUGGUGGAUUGGGCAAUGCUGCGCCGCCGCCGGGAUGGCCUGGUCAACUUCCAGUGCAACAGCCGCAACAACAACAACAACAACAGCAGCAGCAGCAGCAGCAGCAAGGAUUUGGGGGUGGAGGUGGGCAAGGUGGUACAGGAGGCAGUGAUGGCCUGGUAAGGAAGAGAGCACCAUUGCCAGAUCAGCAGGAUGCAUUGAAAGCAGAGAUGAGUCAGGGGAGGUAUAGGAAGGCGAGAUAG